AUGCCGCCGUGGUCCGGGACGUGGUCCGGACGUGGUCCGGACGUGGUCCGGGACGUGGUCCGGGACGUGGUCCGGGACGUGGUCCGGGACGUGGUCCGGGACGUGGUCCGGGUGGUCCGGGACGUGGUCCGGGACGUGGUCCGGGACGUGGUCCGGGACGUGGUCCGGGACGUGGUCCGGGACGUGGUCCGGGACGUGGUCCGGGACGUGGUCCGGGACGUGGUCCGGGACGUGGUCCGGGACUGGCUUCUUGUCGUUAGAGUCACUCCUUAUCACCAGUACCAAAUACUCUUGAGCCCAGCGUAUAUUCAUAGUGGAAAUGAAGUGCUCUUGCUGGCGUCCAGAGUGUCUCUACGGACAAGAUCACCCUUUUCAGGAUAUAUUGGAUUUUAA